GGUGUCAAGUUACUAGAGUGGGUUUGGGAAUUCCCCAGGAAAACACCUACGCAGCCACACGGCCUUUUCUGGACAAACAGGGCAACAGCAAGCCGCUCACAAGGGGAGCAAUUUGUAGUUUUAUAAUGCUCCGGACAUGGAGGGAAUCUGAGGCUUGUGCGACAGCGCUUGCCGCUGUUUUGGGGGAAUUUGUCCAGAAAGAGGGCAUCUUUUUCCCAUAAAAACACCAACAAGCGUUAGACGUAAUCCACCUGGAUAGAAGCGAAAACGGCGCAGCAGAUAGUUAUUUGUUAGGAAAGGCAAUUUUUCUUGUUACAGCGGACAUCAUUUAUACGGCACAUCCAUAUAUAAAUGGAGGGGACGCACGAUAUUCACGGUGACUCCCGGAGACAGAAUGCACGGCCUGGACCGAGCUACGCUGUGGAGAAAAGGGGCGCCCUGGAUUCUGUCCCGGAGGACUGGUGUGACAGCGGGCUAGACUCCUUAAGCGGGGUCGGACUCGGUUUUGAGGGUCCCUACGGAACUUACACCGAGGCCGACCAGAUGUGGACACCUGGACGGUCUGUGUCUGACAUACCUGACAUCCAUCCGUCGGACGAGUCCGACAACAGGAGUAACACGGACUGUGUGUCGAUUGGCGGCGGAGAGAGGCUCGACUCUGCCAUCGGGGACUCCAUUAAUGAGGAUGCUGUGGUGGGGUGCAUCUCCGACGGGAUCGGCACCAUGAUCCUGAGCGAGCCUGCAGGUACAGACAGACUGGCGAAUUCAAACACUGAGGAGGGUCGACAGCGAAGGGAAGAGCUCUUCAACACGCUCAACUUUCUGUCAGAGGACGGGGACACUGUACUUCAUUUGGCACUGAUUCAUGAGCAGUGGGGUGUCGUUCAGUGCCUGCUUGAAGAAAUUGUGGUUGACAGCACCUGGACUCCUUACCUGGACAUUCAGAAUGAUCUGGGCCAGACCGCUCUACAUUUAGCAGUCAUCGUAGACCGGAGUGAGUGUGUUCGGGCACUGUUGUGGAGUGGAGCCAGUGCGCAGAUCCAAGAGAGGGGUGGAAACACACCUUUACACCUGGCUGUCAGAGAGCUUCGCAAAGAGUGUGUGAGAGAGCUGACCAGCUGCUCACGGACCCCACCAGUGCACCUGAACAUCACCAACUACGCAGGUGUGAGUGCACUGCACCUGGCUGUACAUAAGGGCAACUGUGACAUCAUCAAUAUGCUGCUGGAGGCUGGAGCAGAUGUAAAUCAAUGGGAUUUGGGGUCAGGUCGGUCUCCAUUGCACUGGGCAGUGGAAGGUCAGAGGUCAGAGGUAGUGACGUUAUUAUUGAGCGCUGGCGCAUUGGUGAAUCAGCACUCAUAUGCAGGCCACACCCCAUUCUACUGUGCCCUUUACCGACCCAACAAAGAGGUGCAGGCCCUUCUUAGUGCCCAUGGGGCCACAUACACACAGGACGAUGAGGAAGAGGAAGAGUACAGAGAGAGUGAGGAGGAGGAGUUUGAUGAUGUCAUCAUAAAUGGACAGCGAGUGCUGUAGCUGUAAAACAUGGACACUACUCUGCCGUUAAACCCCUUGAACUCCAGCUGAAAGAAUGUGGAGUCUUGAGUGUAUUUGGUGUGUCUGUGUGUGUGUCUUUUGUUUUAAGGUACAGUAUGCUGGUUUUGGUUCAGGCUGAUGGAAGUGCAUAGCUAGAUUAUGUUAGUAAUGGAAGAUCUAUGAUGAAGUUAUUUAAGCCUGAUAUCAAGCAAAGCCUUUUAAAGCUGUAACAAUGGAGGCAGCUUUUCAUUUAGUAAAACCUCUCAUUGGCCCAUCUGGUGUAUGUUAGAAUAAAGGGAUAGUUCACCUAAAGAAGAAUAUGCUGUCCCACCCUUGUGGUGAUUCAAGCCUGUAUGACGUUUUCUUCUGGGGAAUAAAGAAAUGUCUUUAAAAAUGAUUGAAAAGUGUUUCAUGUGCACACAUUAAAAAUCAGAGGAGUCCAGUGUUGUUUAGGCAACAUAUACUAUAUCACACCUUUAGGGAAAAUGUCUUUAACAGAAGAAACAAAGUCAUUUAGGUUUGGUGAGUAAAUGAUUUUAAUUUUGGGUGAAUUAUCCCAUAAAGAACCAAAUGCCAUAGAAGUUACCGUACACUUGUUAUUUUAAGAUUUUAUGUCUGCAGCACAUGGGAGCAGCACGGUAGUAAUACUCCCACUAGUGGGUAGAUUCAUUAUGUCCACAACACGUGUUGAUCUAAAAUGUGAUUAAUAGUGGCUUUCUUAAUGCUUUAAAAUGAAAUUGUUAGCCAGAUAUAACUGAAGAAACCUUGAAGAGAAAUUUGAAUGUUUUUUAAUAAACUUGUUGACUUACUAUUACUGCUACAC